GUCAGCGUGGCGUGGUAUCAGAUCGUGCUUUGGUCGUGCUCCAAGAGCCAGAAGAUUCGUGAUUUUAUCGGCCAGCGAUCUUACCUGGUAGGCUCCCGCCCCCUUGGGGCAGCGGCGCUCUGGGCCGUCGCCGCCGCUUGCCGUGGCGCCUGGGCUGCGGCCCCCGCCCUGGCCUCGCCGCUGCCCGCGGCCGUGUGCCACAGCGCGAGGACCCCGGGCGCUGACGGGCCAGCAGGGCCCCUCGGCUGCCGGGCCGCGACGGGCCCGCAGGCCGAGAAGCUGCUCGCGGAGGCUGAAGAGAUGACCGACUGGAUCGACCAGGAGACCGCUAAGCAUGCCACGGGCAUCGUCUGCGACUGGCCCACCAACACCGUGAGCGACUACAACGAGACGCACGCGGACGACGACCGCCUCACCCAGGCGUGCCAGCUCUACGGCCUGCGCCAGCUGCUGGGCAUGGGAGUAUCCACGUUCCGGCACCAUGGCGACGUCAUCACGCACAAGGGCGCGUGCCUGGAACACAUCGCCGCCUCCGCGAACACCUUCGGGCUCGGCUGCCACGAGAGGAGGAAUACCCCCAGGGCCAAGGGCGGGAUCGACAAGGCCUUCCUGGUGGAAACGUUCGCCGACAGCCUCGCGGAGGCCCUCGCGGAGCCGAUCCACGUGCAGAUCAGGACCAUGCCCUGGGUCGCCUCUGAGCCCGGCGCGCGUUCCCGCGCCCCCGGGCGCCCCUGGAAGCAGCGCGACCGACUCCCCGACGCAAACGCCCGCCCGACGCUCGCCCACAGCACUGCCUGCGACCACCCAGACAUCGAGCACCUUGCCGCCGACACCGACAGUCUCACGCACUACGGGGCCAUCCUGCGCAGCGGAAUCGGGCAGUACCUCGUUGUCAACCGCAACGGAGUCGAGCACCGCGUCCCUAUCCAGCAGCACUUCAACGAGCAGCGCCGGGUCGUUACCACCGCAUACGACCACUGGGACUUCGAGCACCGCGUAGUCGACCACGACGGAGUCGCUCGCGACGCAGCCGUCCAGAACUACGGAUUUCUUCAGCACCUCGUCGCCCACCACGCCGUAGUUGAGCACCACAUCACUAUCCAGCACUAUCGUGACGACCAACACCUCGCUGUCAUUCGCGACGGAGGCGACCACCGCAUCGCUGGCACCCGCCCUGGAAUCGCGCUGCACCCCGUCGCCCACCACGGCAGCGUCACGACCGAGCAGCACCAUCUCGACAACUACGACGUCGACAAGCACCAACCGCCCCGCUGCCCCCCGGCCGCCUGGCCCGCCCGCGCUGCUGGCUGGUGCUGGAUGGCUUCGGGGACUCUGGGUCCCCUGCAGGAUCUUCCGAUGGUCGUGGCCAGCGCCUUCCACGUCCACAGCGGCCGCGCCAGCGACGUCGUCGACGGCCCCGACGACUCCGCCCUGCCGUCCGCCACUUUCAGCCCGGACCGGAUCCACUUCUUCGCGAACAGCUACAGCCCCGACGGGAACCAUGUCUUCGCGAACAUCGUCGAGACAUCCGACACGCCGUGCAUGCGCAUGGUCAUCCUGAUGGAGCCGUCGCUGCACGCCUCCUGCCGCAUCUUCGGCAUCUCCAGGGAUUCCGCGGUCCUGGACGCCGAGCCAGGCAUCGCGACUUCCUGGACGUCGAGCCCGCCCCCGGAACACUCCGACAUCGCCCUGUCCGACGCGUCCCUCAUCGCAAGCCUCACCUUCGGCAGCUACUUCGGCGGCGUCGACGGCUCCCACGACUGCAAGAUGCCAAGCUUAUGGUGCGUCUUCAACCGGAGGGGCAGCUUCACCGUCGAGGUGCAGAGCCGCAUGCUGACGCUCGAGAUCCACAUCCUGCACGGCAUCGUGACCUCCUGGGCACACGUCGCCGCGAUCCAGCAUCGCACGUUCGGCAUCGAGCUCGAGGCCUUCCGCCUGACGACGCUGAGCUUGGUCAUCCACUCCCAUGGCGCCGUCGGUGGCUUCUACGACUCCGCCCCGCUGUCCGGCACUGUCGGCCUCGACGGGAACAACUUCUUCGCGAACAUCUUCGGCUUCAGCGGGACCCACCUCCUCGCGCUCAGCGCCGAGACCGCCGACGCGCUGGACAUGCGCAUGGCCCUCCCAAUGGAGCCGCCGUCGCACGCCUCGUGCCGCAAUGCCGGCCUCGUUAUGGAAUCCAGCGUCGCGCACUUCGAGCACUUCGGCGUCUGGAAAAUGAUGUUCGAGACUUUCGGCCUUGCGUUGGACCGCCCGGAGGGGGUUGAAGUUGGCGCUGGGCGUCCCGUCGACCGCGACGCCUUCGCCCACACUGCCGCAGCUGGCGGGCAGCACCACCCCGACGUCUACGACCUGGAUCAGCGGCGUAACCGCGACCACCAUAACGCGCACCAGCAGCGCCACCUCAAACAGCACGACGAGAACCAGCAGCUUCUUGGUGGCGCGUGGCAGGGCUCCAGCGAGCUCUACGCGAAGGUAUGGUCUGCGGGCCUGUCCCAGCUGGGGUGCAGCGGCUAUCGCAGGCCCUUGCUGACCUCGAUCGUCCCGAUCCCGGGGUCGAUGUUGCCGUGCGCGGUGAUGGUGAUGCACUGGAAGGUGGCGGUGUUGGCGGCGUCGGCGGCUGCUGCAGUGCUGGAAAUGCUGGAAUUG